AUGUAUUCUAUGAAUUACAUCGGGACAUUUUUCAAGAAAUUCUAUAAUGAGAUAAACAGCGCUACGUUGACGGGAGCGAUAGAUGUGAUCGUGGUGGAGCAGCCUGAUGGGAGUUUUACUUGUUCACCGUUUCACGUUCGAUUUGGAAAACUUGGUGUUCUACGCUCCAGAUUCAAAGUGGUGGACCUUGAACUCAAUGGAGAGCCUCUGCCAAUUCACAUGAAGCUUGGUGAAUCAGGCGAGGCGUUUUUCGUAGUAGAGGUCGGAGAAGAUGAAGCCGAAUGUUCAGCUCACUUGGCCACUUCGCCAAUACCGGCAAAUCGAUUUGAAGACCUUUACGAGCCUAGAAGAAGAAACUCCCUCUCUGCAGUGGAACCAGAUCAUGGCCAAGCAUCUGACUACACAAAGCGGAGGUACACCGCUGAUGGAAAGACAAUGCAGAAACCUGACCUAAGUAAAUAUUCAAAGAAAAAUACCAAAGAAGACAAAAAUGAUGAGAAUGAAGCUUUGUUUGAGAUGGAUGGACUCAACGAAGGUACAGACUGGCCGGAUCUAGUUGCGAAAACGUUCUCGGCGACGAAACUCAGCCCCGACACUGAAGCAUGCCAAACAGUACAAAAAAUAAGUGAGCACAAUGACUUUAGGCCCAUAGAGGCAGUUGAAGACCCAAAGCAGAAUGGCAAUGGAAAAAAGAAGAAGAAAACAAGAAAAGUCAGCUCCAAGAAGAAGCACCAUCGAAAGUCCUCAACUAGUUCUAUUUCCAGUCAAUCUGAUUUCACGAUUGAAACUCGUGCGACCGCCAUUCCUAAUCCCACAGACAUUCACUUCUUUAGCGACACCGAGGCAGCUGCCCUCGAUGAAGAAAUGUCAAACUUGAAGCUGAAUGGUGAUAACCGCAUACCAUUGGCCUUGUCUGAUACAGCGUUCGAGGUGCACGCUGCCUCCAGACAUACGAAAGGUUCUCGCCACGGUACACCGGUACAGUCUGAUACGGAAGUUGAAUUAGCGCGAACAACUUCUGGGAAUAAAUCAUCCCAGUCCUGGCGCUGGGGGGAGUUACCUGAGCCCCCGAUUCGUACGACAAUGACGGAAUCCACUGACACCGCUUCACCAGCAUCCCCUGCUGAGCCAGCUUCCCCUACGGAGCCCUUAAGUUCGGACGAGGAAAGGCACGAGCGACGUGGGGUCUUAAGUGGGAUGUUCAGAUUCAUCUCCUCUCGGGAAGCGGAGCCGGGUGUUGAAGGUGUAUACUUAGACGAUAUAGAUAAGGGUCAAGUGGACCCAAACAUGUACUUUCCCAAACACCACACAGAGCGUUAUCGGUCAGGAACUAGCGGUUCCGUUCAACAAGGCCCUACUGAGGAAGAAUACGAGUCGGGCAAUGGUCCGUCACUACCACAGUCACCUGCUUCUCCGGCUUCGCCCGCUUCGCUUGAACCACCGGGAUUGGACUCUGAUGAUGACGAUAAGAUUCUUGCCAAAGGUGAAGUUCAACUAUACGCAAGAGAAGGUGCCGUCUCACACGUGCUUCCGUAUGAAGAGUUCUGUACGAUGGGCGGCCGGCUCGCGGCCGAAGGAAGGUUGGAAGUACGUAUUGGGACGCGCACACUCCCAUGGCGUACUGCUGGACCGCUAAUACUAUCGCUGUUGGCGUAUAGACGGCCUCUGCCUACUCGAGUGCUAGAAGAAUUAGACAAAGGGGAUAAGGAGACAUCUGAGUCUCAACCGACAGACGCAGCGAAGCCUCGCACAUAUUCGUGGUGGUAUUGGAGAAGAUCUAACACGGAUUCUAAGAGGCCAGACGUUCCGCCUAAACAAGGAGAGCUAAAGGAACCAGUACCUCAGUCAGAAGUGAAGGAUCUAGCGGAACUGGAUCAAGUAGACAACAACACACCAAAUAUAGAAAAUAAAGAAGACACUGUUAUCAUCCAAGAUCUGCAGCCUGAAGACUUUGAAGAGAGAAUACCCGAGUUUGAUGAUAAACAGAUUUUCAAUCAAAGUGAUCGUCACGAGCAAAGCUCUUCAGAUUCAGAUCAAGACACGCAGCAGGGCUCGCGAAGACAUUCCACCUUCCGUAAGACGUUGCGACUCUCCUCUGAUCAAAUCAAAAAAUUGAACCUGCGCGAGGGCAUCAAUGAGAUGGUGUUCAGUGUGACGACGGCAAUUCAAGGCACUUCGCGCUGCAAGUGCAAUGUGUUCCGAUGGCGGUACGACCACAAAAUCGUUAUAUCUGACAUCGACGGAACCAUAACCAAGUCGGACGUGCUAGGUCACAUUUUCCCUCUUGUAGGAAAAGAUUGGGCGCAGUCGGGAGUCGCGCAACUAUUCACCAAGAUAAAAAAUAAUGGAUACCAGCUACUUUACCUCUCUGCGAGGGCUAUUGGACAGGCCGGUGUGACCCGCGAAUACCUUCGCUCAAUUAAGCAAGGUGAAACAUGUUUACCCGAUGGACCACUGUUAUUGAACCCCACUUCGUUACUACGGGCCUUCCAUCGCGAGGUCAUUGAGAAAAAACCAGAGGAGUUCAAAAUUCAAUGCCUGGCUGACAUCAAAGCUCUCUUCCCGACUGGGUCUACCCCGUUCUAUGCGGGGUAUGGAAAUCGGGUUAACGAUGUAUGGGCAUACCAAGCAGUGGGAAUUCCUAUAGUUCGGAUUUUCACCAUCAACUACAAGGGGGAGCUGAAACAUGAACUCACUCAAACAUUCCAAUCCACGUAUUCCCAUAUGACCGUGCUAGUGGAUCAAGUGUUCCCUCCAGUACUGUGCGAGCCUAGUGACGAGUUCUCUCAAGCUGUUUACUGGCGUGAACCGCUUCCUGAAGUAGAGGUCAUAGAACUCCCUGUUCCAACCGUCACUAUACCCGCAAAACAAGCUAAAUAA